UCGCGACUUCAGCAUCAAUCACGUUGCGCUCCGCGAGAUACAAUUUAUAUCGAGUCCGGACCGAAGCGUGUCCCAAUUCGCAUGGACCGCGGCGGGCGGCUUCGUCGAGGGACGAAGGACGAGCAACCUAAUUUGUUGUUAAUUAAAACCCUUUCGAUUUUUUAGUGAUAGAGACGGGACUCGCUCAACGGGGUAUCAGCCGCGACAUGUUGUUCGUAGCAUUGAAAUGCACGGGGUUUUUCGUCAGCGCGAUACCACCUGGUUAUUCUCAUUGCCGAUGUAAUUAAGACUGCUUAAUUAGACCGACUUGGGCGCGAAAAACGGUGCGGAACGAGUCGGGUUGUUAAACCGAGGAGACGAGAGGUCUUGCGAUGAAGAUAGACGAGAGUGAAGACGGUGCUCUUAAAAAUGGUGUUGAGAGCAGUGGCCAGCCUACAAUUGUCAGAGCACCCAGAGAUAGGAGGAAAUUCAAUCAAAAUGCAAGCGAUUUUACAAAUAUUGGAGACUGGCCUACUUUAGGAACGCAAGAGAGGAAAACAACCGUGUCCCCUCCAAAACAAAACGGCGUGGUCAAUGGCGAACCAAGUACUUCCAAAGCGUCCAACACCGUUGAGAGCAAAGGCAAGGAGAACAGGGAGCAGAUUCAUUACCAAGACGACAGUGACGAGCACAUAGAUAACGGCGAAAAGAAAAGGAAAGCAAACAAACAAAAAUGGGUCCCGCUUGAGAUAGACUUGGCGCAGAAUCGUGGGACUAUGCGAUCACCGAGAUUUCAAAAUCACAGAGAGAGAAAUGGCGAAGCGAACGACGGUGAGCACUGGCGUGAAAGGGAUUACGAUAGAUCGACGGGAUAUAAUUCGCGAGGACGCGGUGGAAGAAAUUAUAGAGGUAGAGGUGGACGGGGCGGGCGCGGCCGCGGUGGUUUUAGACACCGAUACGACCACGAGUACACGAAUUAUGCAACGGACGUACAGACCCACAAAUAUGAACAGACGGAUUCUGGAUAUAUGAUACCUUAUAUGGGAACAUGCUAUUUUAAUAAUGCAAAUUACAUAGAUACCACCACGCUAAAAGAAUAUAUACGAAAGCAAAUAGAGUAUUACUUUUCUGAAGAAAAUCUUGUGAAGGACUUCUUCUUACGCCGUAAAAUGAACGCUCAAGGAUUUUUGCCUCUCACUUUGAUUGCAUCUUUUCAACGUGUACAAAAUUUAACUAUGGAUAUAGAUUUGGUGAUAGACGCAGUUGUUGACUCUGAUAGACUGGAGCUAUUAAAAUUAGAAGAUGGAUAUAAGAUUAGGACAAGUUUCGAACCGUUAAAAUGGCCUAUUUCGGACAUAACCAGUAAUGUCGCCUUUUCAAGUGUCUCGCAACAGUCUAUCCCACUUCAAAACGAAGUAAUUCCUACCUCUGAAACUACAUUUUGUCCUCUCGCGAAGCCUUUAUCCACAAUGCCUGUCCCCCCAGUACCUCGUGUGUUUGAAUCUUACCAUUCCAUUUCAACAGUAAGAAGACAUAGCGAGUCAGAAAUAAAUUCUUCGCCGAUAAACGAGAUUCUAAAUCCCAAUGUGCCAGAGUUUGUACCGACAACAGAGAAAACUAAUGGAUUUACUGGUACAAAUAAAAGCAAUCAAACGAAGAAUAAGUUCCACUUUGAAAAGGUAAAAGAAACAUUGGCAAUUGCGGAAAGGUUUCUUCUCUCUCCUAAUAAUAACCCUCUUAUGAAGAUAAAAGAAGACAAUAAAUUAUCGGCCGCUAUAGAUUCUAUCUCAGACAGUUUAUCAGAACGGCUGAACGGAGAAUCGGAUUCGUCAAGCGACAAUACAUGGAAAGAGGUGAGAAGAAGAGUCAAACAACCACACAAGGACAGAUCAGAAGAGAAAGAGAGAUUUGAAACCGUCAAAAAUGCAGUGCGAGAAGAACUGAAUUUUCAAUUUGACGAAGAACUUGAUUCGCCGCCGCCGACUGGUCGACAUAAUGCUUUUUCAGAAUUAUCCGAGGACGAAGAUGAUAACGUAUUAUCAGAUAGGGAUGUUAACAAAAUAUUAAUAUUUACACAAACCAAUCUUACGUCAUCUCGAAUCCCAAAGCACGAAGGUCAUGAUAGAACAGGAGAUUGGACUACAAGAGUAAAAAUGACUCAAGAAUUAGUGCAACUUAUUAAUGACGGAUUGUAUUAUUACGAGGAAGAAUUGUGGAAGCAAAAUGUUCAAAGACAUGGCUCCUCUUCAUCCCUUGCGAGCUACAAAAGAAUUAACAUGAUCAGUCAGGAAGAUUUCGAGAAAAUGGCACCGAAAGCUCCAAGAAAAGCGAAUCCGGAAGUUCCUCCGCCGCCUCCUUCUGCUAUAGAAGAUUUCGAAAUUUCGUCAUCACAGGGUCCCAAGGAUCAUAGAUCGGAGAAAAGUCGAUGGAGUGAUAGAUUGAGUGGGCUAAGGAAUACUGCGCCUCGUUUCUUUGCCGUUGUGAAAGACGGACCUGUUGAUGAGAGAACGCCACGGAAAAGGAAGACCCGUCACAGCAAUAAUCCUCCGGUGGAGCAUCAUGUUGGUUGGAUUAUGGACGUUCGAGAGCAUCAUCCCCGGACUUAUUCCACAGGGAGUAGCGCAGGCACAAGUCCCAACGAAGGUUACCUUGCUAGCAGUUACGGAAGUGUUCCUAGUAUCUGCGAGCAUCCAAGUCACGCUUUGUUGAAGGAUAAUGGAUUUACUCAACAAGCAUAUCACAAAUAUCAUUCGCGCUGUCUGAAAGAGCGCAAACGAUUGGGUAUCGGACAGUCGCAAGAGAUGAACACUCUUUUCCGUUUCUGGUCAUUUUUCUUGCGCGAAAACUUCAAUCGUACCAUGUACGAGGAAUUCAGAACUGUAGCCAAAGAAGACGCCUGCGAAGGAUACCGAUACGGAUUAGAGUGCCUUUUCAGAUUUUAUAGUUACGGUUUGGAGAAGAAAUUUAGACAUGCGUUGUAUACAGAUUUUGAAAUGGAAACAAUGCAAGAUUACGAAAGUGGACAGUUGUAUGGAUUGGAGAAAUUUUGGGCGUUUUUGAAAUAUUACAAGAACUCUGAUCAGCUCCAUGUAGAUCCUAAAUUGCAAGAGUACCUAUUAAAAUUCAAGAGUAUCGAAGACUUCAGGGUAGUAGAACCUCAAAUACAUGAAAUGCUCCAAGCUGCGAGAAUACGUAAUAGAAGUGUUUCUGAAAGUGCUAGAGAGGAUACAUUGACAAGCAGCGAAUGUCUACUCUCGGACGAUUACAAUACACUGCCAAACGCGCAAGAGUCGCAUUUACCGCAGUUUCGGGUUAGGACCGGUUCUUACGGUUCUAAACUGUACCACUUUCGACGACGGAACGACUCCGCGUCGUCCAGCAGCCAGCGAGAUCUCAGCAAGCAGCAGCCUCGAAAUCAGAGGCAGAGUUCCGGUUUCGCGAAGCCUUCUGAGGCGAGCAAAUCGCAAGUCACUGCCAGAGAACGAACUCAAGCCAGCUCAAAGUCCGAAACGAGCAAAUCCGUCAUGAUUAAGGCAGAGGGCUCGUCUGCCUCCCAAAAGUGAAAUCGUGCGGCGACCAGAGAGAUUUUAGAUAAUCCUGUAAAAGUGACCGAAACCAUUGAAUCGCCCUCAAGACGAAAUGGCGAUAGUAUUUUUGGUAAUACAUAUUAUUGGGAAGUAGUUUUAUAAUCGUAAAAUCGCAAGAAUGAAGAUCACACCAGGUCCUGUUUACGUGAUCUUAAAGAUUGUGGAGCACGAAAGUCCCCAAAAGAGGUAAAUUCUUGAUGGUAGACUUACAUCCGUGAUUUAGUGUUUAAGAUUGUAUCUACCGGAUAUUUAAACCCCUCGGUGUGGUGGCGCGCUGCGAAAGAUAUUUUUACUCGCUUCUUAUAUUGUUUGCGGUGUUGAAAUACGUUACUAGAGCUGAAAACUCAAUCAAUGAAAAUGCGUGCGCGUACGUGUAGUACGUAACAACGGGAAUGUAUAUAUCCUAGUUCUUUCAGUCACGCUUUUAUUUCAUAAUUCAUGUUUCUUAAUGCAUAUACAGUGGCAUCGACUUGAUGGGACGAACAGUAUCUAGUAUAUGUGUGCAGAAACAUGCUGUAAGAUAUUGUUCGCUCAAGCGAGUUAUUUCAUAUACAAAAAGGUGGGGUGCUUCAUCCGAAAGACAGAAUAAAGAUUAGGUAAUGUAUGUAGCGGAUAAAACGCCUAAAUAUUACAGUCACCGGCAAUGAAUCGUUUCGCGAGAGGGGAAGCGUUGUUUCUCCACUCGGCGGAUAAGCUCGCCGAUCGAACAGCCGGUCGCCAACAGCUAACGCUGAAUUAUACGCCAGAAUAGGAGAAGAACGGUUCCCCUUUUACGAAACGAUUCGUUAUCGGUGAGUGUGCAUUACAUUUGACUACUUUAUUAUAUAAAUUCAUUAUAUAUUAUAUAAAAAAAAGACUAAUCGUGUAAUUCGUAAAUACUUAGUUGUGUAGAUAUAUACCUAUGUGGCUGCUAUUGAAUUUGCCGUCUUAUCUGAUUACCGGGAAAUCACUGGAGCUCCAAUUUUUCCACGAAUAUUUGACUUUUUUUACUGGAAGAGGUACUCUUUUUUGCUUUUCUUUUAUUUUUAUCCAAUUCUUUUAUAGGAGACGCGAUUACACGCAUUCUUUAUAUCAUUGAAAUAUAUCAAUAAUGUUUACUUACUCUCGAGACGGUAGCAGUUAAGUGUUACAUUCUGAGCUUCUAUUUUAAGAUUCAACGUAAUCGUGGCGUACUUCCAUGUAAUAACAUAUAAUAUCUAUAUAUUAUAAGUAUAUACAUAUAUUAAUACUUUGCCAUAUUUAUUUUUCAUAAAAUGUAGAUCAUAAAAGCAUCCGUGUGAAGAUAACACAGGUCGGAAAAGUUAACGUUGUUACGUUGAUCUUUGUAAAUUUUUUUUUAGACUCCUCAAUUCAAAGCCAUCCCUUGGAAUCGAGCUUUUAGAAAUCACUCAAUGAAUUCUUAUACAAUAUUCGCACACUAAACUUGAGGUUUGCAUUAUAUUUGUAUGUACGCUGUCUAUGCAAUAACUAUAUGUAAAGCGCUAUAUACAGUUCGAUGAAAUGAAAGCGUUACGAGGAUUGA